GAUCGCGAGUCAGUUACACACUAAAUAACGUCCGGUAAAGAUGACACGGUCAGCACCGGUGUGGCUGUUCACCGCAAUCGUUUUUAUUGCUCUAACUGAUAAAAUUUGUGCCGCAGUACAUCAUCCAAUUACGCAACGCGAUGUAAAAGUUGAACCUCGUCAAGAUGAAGGUAGAAGGUAUCGAUUACCGAAUGACACCGUACCGGAGACUUAUGAUAUCACCUUAACGACACGGAUCGACAAUGCCGAUUUCGUAUUUAAUGGAAGUGUUCGAAUUGGAAUUUAUGUCAAUGAAUCGACACAACUUAUCACUCUCCAUCACCGCCAAUUGACUGUAAUCAAUGUCCAAUUGUGGACAACCGCAAGUCCGGCACAAGAGGUGGUACUCGGUGCAUAUAGUUAUGAUCCAGUGUUAGAAUUUCUACAAAUUCCAGUGACUGUAAAUUUAACGGCAGGUGCUCGUUAUACAUUGUCCAUUGACUACAUAGGUACAUUACGCGUAGACAAUUACGGAUUUUAUCGAUCGUCAUAUAGAAAUGAUAAUGGAGACCAAAUUUGGCUAGCAACGACUCAAUUCGAAAGUACGGAUGCACGUCAUGCAUUCCCUUGUUAUGAUGAGCCUCAAUUGAAAGCUGUAUUCACAACGACAAUAGUACAUGGUUCAUCAUACACAGCGCUAUCCAAUAUGCCUGUCACUACGGGAUAUCCCAUUGUACAUGGUGAUGGUACCACAACAACUCGAUUUGAUCCAACGCCACCCAUGUCGACCUAUCUAAACGCUUUUGUUGUUUCCGAUUUCGCUUCAACAGGAAGUGUACGGGGAAGAGUUCCCCAGAGAGUGUUUGGUCGAUCGAGUGAGAUAAUUCAUUCGACACUUACAUUGAAUGCUGGAAUUGACAUUCUGGAUUCAUUGGAGAGAUAUUUGGGUGUAAACUAUUCGUUGCCGAAAAUGGACCAAAUUGCCAUUCCCGAUUUCGGGCCCGGUGCGAUGGAAAAUUGGGGUCUCGUGACCUACAGAGAAAUAAGAUUUUUCUUUAAUGAUGCAGUCGACGACUACAAUUUAAAAACGGCCAUUGUAACUACAAUCGCUCAUGAGUUGGGUCAUCAAUGGUUCGGAAAUUUAAUUGGUCCAAGAUGGUGGGACGUUAUUUGGCUAAAUGAAGGGUUCGCUAAUCUGUUCGGUUUCAUUGGAACAGACGAGGUGUAUCCAGACUGGCGCUUUAUGGAAUAUUUUGUUGUCAGCACAUUGCACAAUGUUUUCCAAUUAGAUGCUCUCGAAGACACUCGUCCAAUGACGUAUUAUGUCGAAAGUCCAGAAGCCAUUUCGUAUGCUUUUGAUAAUAUUGCUUACGCAAAAUCUGGAUGUGUACUGCGCAUGUUUCUGCAUGCAUUAUCCCAAAGAACGUUCGUUAAAGGAUUAAACAAUUAUCUAACUACAAAAGCCUAUUCCGCUGCAAGCGAGGAAGAUCUGUUCAACGCUUUGCAGUCAGCUAUCCAAGAAGACGGCCUACAGCUUCCUACCAGCUUCACAAAUAUAAUGUCAUCGUGGACACGUCAGAAAGGAUUUCCGGUCGUAACAGUGGAAAGAAACUAUGAAUCGUCUACAGUUACAUUAGAUCAACAGCGAUACGUUUCCGAGCUGUUAGCCACACCAGAUCCGGCUAGAUGGUGGAUUCCGUACAAUUUAGCCACAGCUAGCUCGGCAAAUUUCGAUGAAACGACAGCCACGCACUGGUUGUCAGCCAAUUCGGGCUCGCAAACAAUUACCGUGGCCAAUCUUAAUGCAAAUGAUUGGUUGCUUCUUAAUAAGAAGGAAACCGGAUACUAUAGAGUCAAAUAUGACACCAGAAAUUACGAACUAAUUUCCCAUGCCUUAUAUCAAGGGGGUGUCAGUCAAAUGCAUGCUCUUUCCAGGGCACAAUUACUUGACGAUGCAUUCAAUUUUGCACGAAAUGAUCAAUUGAGCUACGCAGUUUUCUUAAACUUAACAAGAUUUUUGCAAAAGGACAAUGAUUACAUACCAUGGGCACCGGCAAAUACUGCAUUUACAUUUUUGGAUCGAAUGUUUGCAAGUCAUGCCAGCCAUAACGUUUUCCGAGACUACAUUCGAAAACUAACCGAAUCAAUGUAUGAUGCGGUCUUUAUUGAUGAUGUAGUUGGCGAACCGCAUAUUCGAAAGUACGGUCGUUCAUUGAUAAUUAAACUGGCCUGUGAAAUGGGAUCUACACACUGCCGAGGUGACACACUAAACAGGCUAAGAUUGUUAACUGGAACAGAUGAUUUCCAUCAAAACGUUCGUCCCGAAAUGUAUUGCGGUGCAAUGCGUACAUCUCUGAAGGCAGAUUUCGAUAGGGUUUGGCGCCGAUUACUCGACUCAUCCGACUCAUCGUACAGAAAUAUGUUAAUAAAUGCGUUGGCCUGUACCACAUCCACGGAUUUGCUAUCAACGUACCUCAGUUCAUCACUACCAGCUACGAAUCCUUUCCCGAAUAAUGUUACAUACCGACCAGAAGAGUUGGUACGAGUAUUCAAUGCUGUAUAUCAAUCGGGUCCAGUCGGCCUACGACUUGCUAUACCAUUCUUAACAACAAAUAUAAACGCGGCAUCGAUGACUUUCGGCAACAGCAAUCUGGGAAGCAUUUACUUUAACAUGGCUCUCAGGAUUGGCGAUCACACGUUGCAUCAUCAGUUUGAUAUGCUCACACAAGCAUUAGGUCCGAUAAUAACAGCAGAUGAAGCAUCAGAGGCUGACUCUGAAAUCAUGAGCAAUGUAAAGUGGGUGGAGACUCACGGACCAGUCAUUGAUGCAUGGUUGAAAGAACACCAUACAAGUGGUAGCGCAACUUUAGUACUUUCAUCGGUUAUGUUUGUUGCAGCCGUAGUUGUAUCAAUCACAAAAUAUUUCUAAGAGAUUGUGUGGACAGUAAAGUUAAAUAGAAAAUUCACCAACUGCAUUCGCUCACUUCUUGAAAAGCGCCGGGGAAAUAAAGAUGAAAUUCGACAAUA